AAAAGGAAAAAUAAAAACAGAAGUAAAAGUGAGGCUUCCGCCGCAAGAGUGAACAAACAAAUUGCAUAAACCCAUUUGAAGUAAUACAGCUUUGGAAAAGAUUAUCUGAAAAAAUGGCUAAUGCUCUUGUGAACAGAGCAGCUAAUGUGAAUCAAUCCACGAGCUUCUUGAGGGUUUCUUUUAGUUUUCUCAGAAAUCUGAGCACUGCAACAACACCUACUACGGAUCCUAAAACGACAUCGUCGAAGCCGAAAAGGAAGAAGAAGAAGAAUCUUUUUGAGGUUGCUCAGUUUUUGCCUAAUUGGGGUCUCGGUUAUCAUAUGGCUAAGACUCAUUGGACUGGUGUCUCUUAUGAAAUCACUAAAAUUAAUCUUUAUAAGGAUGGUAGACACGGUAAGGCUUGGGGACUCGCUUAUAGAGAUGGUUUACCAAUUGCUGAUGCACCGAAGAAAAUAAGUGGCGUACAUAAGAGGUGCUGGAAGUACAUUGCAAAUAUGAAGAAAGCUGAAGGAAGUCUUGAUCAAAUAAAGAAAGCUGAAGAAAGUACUCCUAAUCCAGAUGUUCAAGCUGCUUGAAGCUGUUUCCUAACUGUUCUAGCAUUGGAAUCUUUAAUGUUUGUUUUGUUUGAUGUCAAUGAAGUAGCAUUCAAUGAAGCUUCAGGCUGUUGUCUUUUACCAUGAAGUUAUAGCAACUGGUGCCUUACUUUAGAAGAACUAAUGGAAAUGUGUGGACACAUUUUCAGAAACUAGGUCUUUUUAAGUUUUUAUUAAUCAUAGACCUUUCAUUAGAAGAGUGAUUUGCUCUGGGUCA